CUAAAGCAACACACCUUGACACCUCAAAACAAGCAACAAAGAAAAAAAAGCACCGCCCACGGCUCAUGCACCUCCGAAUUCUUUUUAAAAAUAGGACCGACACAAAGUCGGAAUUGAUACUCCACCAUGCCAGCUCCCGCAGGCACACCGGUCCCGCGGCCGCCUUCAACGCACCCCGACGGCCGCACCGGUGACAUGGACCCCGCCGCCGCUCCGUCGACGCGUAACGAGACCCUCUUUCAAGGCUUUGAGUGGCACCUCCCCGCCGACAAGCGUCACUGGCGUCGACUCAUCAAUCUCAUACCCAGCCUUGCUCCUUUGGGCAUCACCAAGCUUUGGAUCCCACCGGCCUGCAAGGGCGGCGGUGGUGCCUGGAGCAACGGCUACGACGUCUACGAUCUGUAUGAUCUGGGCCAGUUUGACCAGAAGGGCUCCAGGGCGACCAAGUGGGGCCCCAGGACCGACCUGGACGAGCUCGUCCGCGCCGCGGGGGACGCCGGCAUUGAGAUCCUGUUUGAUGCCGUGCUGAACCACAAGGCCGGCGCGGAUUCCACCGAGCGAGUGCUUGCCACGAGGGUGGACCCAGAGGAUCGCCGCAAACAGGUCGAUCGCCCGGGAGAGAUCGAGGCGUGGACCAAGUUCGACUUCCCAGGGCGCAUGGAUCAAUAUAGCUCCCGGCGGUGGAACAAGGCGCAUUUCACAGGUGUCGACUAUGACAAUGCAACUGGUGAAAAGGCCAUAUGGUUGUUUGAGGGCAAGAAGUGGGCCGAGGAUGUGAACGGGGAGUUUGGUAACUAUGACUACCUGAGUGAGUUCUUCAAGUGGGCCGAGUGGCUCAACGAUCAAAUGUUGCUUGGCGGCCUUCGGCUGGACGCCGUCAAGCACAUAUCCAGGGGCUUCGUACAGGAGCUAGUCGCCCAUUUUGAACGAUUGCGAGACGCUCAGAACAAACCUCCAUGGUUCGUCGUAGGGGAGUAUUUUUCCGAUGAAGUGAGCGAUCUGGAUGAGUACCUCGAGGCGCUCGACCACCGCAUACGGUUGUUUGAUGUCCCUCUCCUCAAAAAUUUCUCACGUAUCUCUUUCGAACCAAGGCCAGAUCUCAGAACUAUCUUUGACGGGACCUUGUGUGCAAGCAAUCCGGAUAACGCCGUGACGUUCGUCGCCAGCCAUGACACACAACGAGGUCAAACAAUGGACACGCCGGUAGCCGAGUGGUUCGUCCCCAUCGCCUACGCCCUCAUUCUGCUCCGCGCAAACACAGGCACCCCUUGCGUCUUCUACGGCGAUCUGCUAGGAACCCUCGGCCCCUUCCCCAGCCCGCCCGUCUGCGGUGGCCAGAUGCUGCCCAAGAUUCUGCAAGCUCGAAAGUCCCAUGCGCAUGGUCGGCAGAUCGACUACUUUGCCAGCGCGCAGACCAUAGGAUUUGUGCGCUUCGGUGGCCUGGCGGUCGUGAUGAAUACCGGUUGGCAAUAUGCCGUCCAGAAGAUGUUUGUCGGUGUCGAAAGAGCGAGGGAGAGGUGGGUGGAUUUACUGAUGGGCGCUCGAGGCGAGGUCCUCGUUGACGCCAAUGGCUAUGGCGACUUUUGGGUUGGACCCAGGGGUGUUGCUGUCUGGACGCUACCAUAUUUUAUCAUCGGAACGCGUCUAGAGGUGGACUACAAGGUUGUUGAAAUGCCGUCAGCAACUCGACCCAGGGCAUUCGAUCCAUCCGCUUCAUCAGUCUGCCAUGCUGCUAAGGCCGUCAAGACACAGGAGAUCCUCAAGCACAUACCCGCAGUGCUGAUGCUUGAGGCCAAUGCCGCCUGUGCUGGCCGGAUUACCGUGUUCGGCGACACACACGUCCACGACGUCUAGCAUGACAGUUACGCGCCCUUGGGCAUGUUCUGUAUCGAUGGUCGCUUGGCGCCCGCGCCUCCAAGAUUCUUUAUCAGGUAAGAAUGUGGUCAUGAAAGAGCCAAUGAGUCGAUCGUGAACCAACGUCGCCAAGUUGAACGAAAUGAUCCUACGUAUUAUAUGCCGUAUUUUAACCCAGCACUUGGCACAGUGAGCGCAUGUG